UAACACUUCCUCCACAUGCUCGUGACAAAGCCAAAGUGAAAGAAGCAGAGAUCAUUUCACAUGUUGACGAUUACAACUAUUCUUGAAGUAAUGUCGACCUCAGCUAACUUGCCAGAAGCCGAACAUUCCGGACUGUUGAAGUUUCUCUCAGCUGUGUUUUACGCCGUCAGUUCAUUCUUGAUCAUUGUUGUUAACAAAACGAUUCUCACAAACUACAGAUUUCCCUCGUACAUGUUUCUAGGAAUUGGACAGAUGGCCACUACAAUCAUCAUUCUCUAUGCUGCUAAAAUUAACCAAACAGUUCACUUUCAAGACUUUGACAGAAGCAUUUUCAUCAAAAUCUUCCCUCUACCUCUGCUGUAUGUUGGAAACCACAUAACAGGACUGGCGGGUACAAAGAAGUUAAGUUUACCCAUGUUCACAGUCUUAAGGAAGUUCACCAUAUUGAUGACAAUGAUCAUGGAAGAAAGGAUAUUGAAAAAAAAAACACCUAAUCGUCUGAUCUACAGUGUUUUGGUCAUCGUUUUUGGAGCAUUGGUGGCUGCAAGCUCUGACUUGGCCUUUGAUGCCGAGGGCUACACAUUCAUUCUGCUUAAUGAUGUCUUCACUGCUGCCAGUGGUGUGUACACCAAGAAGAAACUGGGAACUGAGGGUCUUGGAAAAUAUGGGAUCUUAUUUUACAAUGCAUUCAUAAUUUUCCUUCCAACUCUUUUGGCGAGUGCAUUCACUGGGGAUUUACACAAGGCCAUUACAUAUGAACACUGGUUGAACACCCCCUUUGUUUCUUGCUUCCUUAUGUCUUGCAUCAUGGGGUUUGUGCUGAUGUAUUCAAUAGUGCUGUGUAGCCACUACAACUCAGCACUCACCACCACAGUGGUGGGAGCAAUUAAGAAUGUUGCGGUUGCCUACAUCGGUAUGUUUUUAGGUGGAGAUUACCUGUUUUCAUGGACAAACUUCCUGGGCUUGAAUAUUUGUAUAUCAGGGGGACUUGUGUAUUCCUACCUGACGUUCCACAGCAGCAGCAAACCAUCCCAAUGCAAUGGAAGCAGAAUCCAGAAAAACCAGGAUCAGCUGAAGAUUCCCAUUAUGGAAGAUUCCACAGACCGACUCCUUGUAAAAUAAGUUAUCUUUAUUUAACCUUUUAUUUUAUCAGGGUGUCCCAUUAGGACCAAGGCCUCUUUUUCAAGGGAGCUCUGUGUGAACACAAUUUCUAAGUGAAUACGCCUGCGAUACAACUGGUCAUGAUGCCAUAGUUUAUUUUUCUGUACUGUCAGCACUACCCUUUGUAACUGAUCCAUAUUGGAGCAGACGUUCUUACAUUUUGUAUGUUUUAAUGUAUCUUUAUGAAAAAUGAUGAGCAUACUUUUGACAAUGUUUAUUAUUUGUUGCAAGUUCAAAUCUGUAAUUUUAAUUGUGUUGUCAAGACAAGUGUUGUUAUACUAUAUAUAUAUAUAUAUAUAUAUACAGUGGGGCAAAAAAGUAUUUAGUCUUCCACCAAUUGUGCAAGUUCUCCCACUUAAAGAUGAGAGACCUGUAAUUUUCAUCAUAGGUACACUUCAACUAUGAUAGACAAAAUGAGAAAGAAAUCCAGAAAAUCACAUUGUAGGAUUUUUAAUGAAUUUAUUUGCAAAUUAUGGUGGAAAAUAAGUAUUUGGUCAAUAACAAAAGUUUAUCUCAAUACUUUGUUAUAUACCCUUUGUUGGCCCAUGACAGAGGUCAAACGUUUUCUGUAAGUCUUCACAAGGUUUUCACACACUGUUGCUGGUAUUUUGGCCCAUUCCUCCAUGCAGAUCUCCUCUAGAGCAGUGAUGUUUUGGGGCUGUUGUUGGGCAACACGGACUUUCAACUCCCUCCAAAGAUUUUCUAUGGGGUUGAGAUCUGGAGACUGGCUAGGCCACUCCAGGACCUUGAAAUGCUUCUUACGAAGCCACUCCUUCAUUGCCCGGGCGGUGUGUUUGGGAUCAUUGUCAUGCUGAAAGACCCAGCCACGUUUCAUCUUCAAUGCCCUUGCUGAUGGUAGGCUUUGUUACUUUGGUCCCAGCUCUCUGCAGGUCAUUCACUAGGUCCCCCCGUGUGGUUCUGGGAUUUUUGCUCACCGUUCUUGUGAUCAUUUUGACCCACGGGGUGAGAGCUUGCGUGGAGCCCCAGAUCGAGGGAGAUUAUCAGUGGUCUUGUAUGUCUUCCAUUUCCUAAUAAUUGCUCCCACAGUUGAUUUCUUCAAACCAAACUGCUUACCUAUUGCAGAUGCAGUCUUCCCAGCCUGGUGCAGGUCUACAAUUUUGUUUCUGGUGUCCUUUGACAGCUCUUUGGUCUUGGCCAUAGUGGAGUUUGGAGUGUGACUGUUUGAGGUUGUGGACAGGUGUCUUUUAUACUGAUAACAAGUUCAAACAGUUGCCAUUAAUACAGGUAACGAGUGGAGGACAGAGGAGCCUCUUAAAGAAGUUACAGGUCUGUGAGAGCCAGAAAUCUUGCUUGUUUGUAGGUGACCAAAUACUUAUUUUCCACCAUAAUUUGCAAAUAAAUUCAUAAAAAUCAUACAAUGUGAUUUUCUGGAUUUUUUCCCUAAUUUUGUCUGUCAUAGUUGAAGUGUACCUAUGAUGAAAAUUACAGGCCUCUCAUCUUUUUAAGUGGGAGAACUUGCACAAUUGGUGGCUGACUAAAUACUUUUUUGCCCCACUGUACAUACAUACUAGUACAUGUGUAAAUAGCAAUGGCCACUAGUGGUUACUAAGCAACUCUUGAAACCAAUGUGUGUACAGAGACAUGCUGUAUGUUCAAGGACAACUGAACUGCAGUGUAGUGAUGAUGAAGCUCUUACCAACCAUUAACAUAGCAAUAAAGUAGAAGGAAUGAAACUGUC